UAUGUUUAAAUAAUGAAAUAUUUCAAGAUAAUGAAUCAGAUGUUGAUAGUGAUGAAUUCCAAAAUUAUGAUGUUGAAGAAUAUGAUAAAUUUAACUGUGAGAAGUUUGUUAAUAGCAAAGAAGAUCAAGGUAUAUUUGAUUUUGAUCCUACAAAAUUAGCAACAGAUUUAGUAAGAGAAUGGAAUUAUGAAAAUAAUAACAAUAGUAAUUAUUAUAAUAAUAGUAAUAUAGAUAUUAUAGAUGAUAUAGAUGAAAAUAAUAAAAAUAUAAAUACUAGUAAGAAUAGUAAUAAUAUAAAUGAGGAUAUUAUAAUGAAUGAAAAUAAUUUAGAUGAUAUUAUUAGUAAGAAUUCAAACCUUAUAAAAAAUGAAAAUGAAGUUGUAGAAACUUUACCUAUAGCACUUAGAAAAACAUGUAGAAAUUUAAAAAGAUAA